AUGGCAUCUGAGUACGACUCAGAAACACUCUACUUUUCUGAGGGGCGUCGAGGGCGCGCUUGCCUGCACAUCGUCCAAACGAGCUUGGUGAUUGUGUUGCCCACAGCCCAGAGUGCCUCUAUUGUGAUGACUCAGCAGCUCUUUUGUGCGACUUCCAAGGUUUCUCAGUCCGUCGUCUUCAACCUCUGCACCAUCUUCCUGGCUAAGAUGCUGACUGUGACUUUAGUUCUUUGUGCCAUGGUGGCACUGGUUACAGCUGACGAUGCAGCUGCCAACCAUACCCAUACUCGUGCGUCAAAGUGUCCAGCCAACUGGAAAACACACAACAACCGAUGUUACUACUUUGAAUCCUGCACUAAGAACUGGGUUAAUGCUGAGAGACAAUGCCAGACCAUGGGUGGGAACCUUGCAUCAAUACACGACGAUGACGAGCAUAAGUUCCUUCAGACCUUGACUCAGUCAGAAGGAUGGAUUGGAGGCUCAGAUUGCCAAAUGGCUGGAAGCUGGUUUUGGAGUGAUGGUACAGACAUGUCGGAAACUCUCUGGUGUCCACAAAAACCAGACAACACACUAGCAGAGUGCUGUCUGCAGACCAACAGUCAAGUCGCCAAAUGCUGGGAUGACAUCGCCUGUGACACACUACUGCCAUAUGUGUGUGCAAAAUCUCUUUAGACUGCAGGCUGACCUGGACCCAUACUAGCAGAAGACUGGAUAUUUACCAACUGGAGAACAUAACGCAGACAUCUUUUCAUACAUGUAAUAAACAUAUUGAGUAUACAA